AUGAGUAUAAAAGAAGCAAGAAAUAUCUACGAGAAUAAUAAUACACAACAGGAUACGGAAGAAUAUUCACCAUUUCAUCAUGCAAUUCUUCACAGCUCUGUCCAGGACAUAAAGAAAAUGAUUGACAAGGGUGCAAAUUUGGCGGAAAAGACAAAAAAUGGAGAUAAUAUUCUUGAUCUUGUUGAAAAACGUUCUACACCAAACGCAAUAAUUAAGCAAAUACUCAUGUGUGAGUAUGAAAAAAUGAUGCAUUUAAGAGAAUUACUGAAGAUUGAUCGAAGUCUCAUUAUUGAAAUGGCUGAAAUAUUCGAUCGGAUCAAACAAAUUUUUCAAACCAAUAGUUUUCUGAAUAGAAAAAUAUUACAUUUAACACACGACGAGCACGAUUACCAUGAUUUAUUACAAGUAGCUAUGAUAGAUAAAGAUGUUCGUAUAGAAGAAUACGAAUUAAUAUUACAUUUUCGACAUAUUUCCCAACUUAUCGGAUUACUCAAUCGUCAUGAUGGAAGUACCAAACAAAUGUAUAAUAGUCUGAUCAAUUGGCAUGUUUUACAAGGAAUAGAAAAAAGACUUCGUUCACAUUCAUUGUGGAAUGAGAAUCCUGGCAAAUUAUUUCAAUCAAUUUCACCGGAUUGUCUCCGUCUAGAAGAAUUUUUUUCACAACUGACUCAACUACUAAAUCGUUUUAAUGUGGAAACAGAUGAUCUUAAACAAUUAACUUUUGGAAUUAGAAAAUGUGAAUAUUCUGUACUAACUGGAUACAUUAUACAAGUUUAUGACAAAGAUCUUGCAGAACGCAGUAUCAGCAUUAUUGAUAUUGUUAAAACACUGACAGAUUUCAAGGAAAAAAUUGAAAACGUUGCCAUGUUUCAUUGUAUACAAUUAUUGGGCGAAAUCAGUCAUUCAUUUUCUACUUCAACACAGGAACAACUUAAAAAAUAUUAUUUUUAUCCACGACUAAAACAAAUGCGAAAUGAAAUUAAAAAUCAUUGGGAAAAUACAGUACGAGCUGUCGAUUUCUUGAAAGAUAUUAAUUCUGACGUUUACGAAAACGAUUUAGAAAGGAUGAAAGAGAUAUUAAUUCAUUUCUAUAAACCAUUACUGAAUGGAAUUAUUAAUAAUAAAGUUUUGUUGACUGUAAUUGAUGAUAAAUCAAGACAAAAUAUUGAUACAAUCACGUCCUCAUUCAAAAAGCUUCUUGAAAAGAAACCUGACAAUAUAAAAGAUCUGAAUUCAACAGAUAUAACUUAUAUUAAUAAACAGAUUGAGCUUCUUGUUAUAUCUAUAAAUCAUAUUCUUGACAUUUUUCAUGAAUGCAAAAAACAUUACUCCGACGAAAUUUCCAUUCGUUGUCAAUUGCAGAAACCACAACUACACUAUUGUUAUCUUUUUUACCUGACUAUUAUUGGUUCGACAGUGCAUAAUAUGCGUAUAAAACAUGUAUUUUUGGCUACUGUACCCGUUGCAUUACAUGAAAAACUCGAUUAUUUACGCUGGAUUCGAAAUUCGUUAAUGCAUUAUGAAAUCUAUCUACAUUCGAAUUUCUAUCGUAAUACAUUGUUCGACUAUCUUUCAAAUGAUUUAUUAAUUGAGGAAUAUUCGAUUGAUUUACAUGGGCAGGUUAUGGUACAAUUUGUAGUUUUUUUUAAACAAUUAGAAAAAGAAUUAAUUAACUAUAGAGAUAGCGUAUUGAAACUGUCUCUUGACAAUUACUAUACGAAUUAUUCUAACGGUGAUAAAAAAUUCUAUAAAGGGGAUAUCGAACGAAAGCAAGAAAAAAUAAAUGCUUUUCAAGGUAAAUUGCAAAAUAAAUAUCGACAACCUUGCCGUCCCAGCUUGAAACUAGGAUUAAAUGAUGUACUCGAUUACAAAGAUGACAUUGAAGAAGUUUGUCAAAAGUUUAAUUUUGAAUUCAUUGGUAUCUUUGGACCUUUAGCAAAAUAUGGUACAACACAAUUUAACAAAAAUUCUGGAUUUUUAGUACAAACACAAGUAGAUAACUUUGAUGUUUACCAUGAUAAUCUUCUACACAUGAAAAAAUAUAUUGCGGACACUGAUUGUUUAUCAGGUUUGGGUGUGGUUGAAAUUCGUCAGAUGCGAGAAUAUCUGAAUUAUAAGAGAAGGGAAAAUACAACCGUUGAUACUAUUGUUAACAAUAUUAAGAGAUACUCACUCAAACGUCUCAUCAAUGGUCAGGAACUGUAUAAAGAGAUUGACAGUUGCAUUGAAUAUACAAUCGAUGAUAAUUCAUCAAAACAUAUCAACGAAUUAUUCAAAAAAGAUGUUUGUUACGAAUACUGUGAUAAAUAUAACGACUACCCAAUGCUCCAUAUACUCUGCAAUGCUGUCAUUAAUAGAAAACAAUAUCGAUCAAAAAAGCGAGCUUAUUUUCGAUCAAUUAUUAAUCGUAUGUUAAGCAAUGGAGCUCAAAUUAAUGUACAAACACGUUUUGAUUGUACCAUACUCCAUAGUAUUGCGCGUGAGCCGGGUACAGGAAAAAUAUCAUUACACAGUUUAAUGUCACCAGAGUAUCAUGAACAACUUGAUACAAACAUUUUUGGUCUAUGGCAUGAUGCUAUUCCUUUAAGUGUGGCUCUCAUUGAAAACAUUCGUCCUCUCAAAUAUGAAUUAGGGCGUCUUACAAAUCUUUGUCGACAUGCAGAUGAAUUAAUUAUUGCAGCUAUUCAAGGAUGCGAUUUAUCAUUCCUUAUGUAUUUGUUUCAUGUAUUACGCGAUGAUCAAAAUCAAUAUUUGACAUUGUCUGGAAGAUAUCGGAAUGAUGGACGCACUCUAUUGUUUACAUUAUUGGAACAAGAACAAAAAACAAAAAAUGAAUUUUUGGAUAAAAACAUAACUUUUCUCUUCGUUGAAAAUGGGUAUACUUAUCUCGAUAUGAUUAAUUUUCUCAUUGAAAAUAAUAUAGAAUUACGUUGCAAAAAUGGCUCAUAUAGAGAUUAUGAGGAUUUACUAAUGUAUUUACUACUAAAUAGAUUUCAUGAAUCCGCACUUAUUCUACUUCGUCGUGAGAGACACGUUGAUUUUUUUCAUGGAAACGAUUGUCCUAUUCAUGUAGCAUUAGACAAUCUCAUCAAGUGUAGAACAGAAUGCGAACGUCGAAUUUGUUUACAGUUAACUAAGCAAAUAAUUCAAAAUUCCGAUGACUUAAAUUUUGAACUACACGCGGGACAGGAUAUACCACUUUAUAUUGCUGCUAAAUAUGGUGAAUUAGAAAUUGUUAAAAUUCUUCUUCAACAAACACAAAAAGUCAAUAUGAAUUACAAACCUCAUCGAUAUUCGCAUAAUAUGUGUUGUAAAGCUUAUGAAAAUGAAUACGAAAUCGUUAUUUUACUACUAGAGCACGGACUACCAAUAAAAUUAUCAAAAAAUUUAGGCAGCAUUAAAAAUCAGAAUCUACGAACUCGUCUUGAAACAUGUGAACGAUUAUGGCUGAAUUACUGUCAUGGAACAUCUAAAAUUGGUAAAGAUGAUCAAUUAUUUAGAAUUAUGCAUGAAGAUUCCAUUCUACGACGAUUAAUCGUAAAUCGUCGAAAUGAACGUGGCGAAAACAUACUUUAUUACGCCAUAACGCGAAACGAUGAGACAUUCGUUAGGCUUAUUCUUCAACAGGAACGGCCGAAAAUGAAUUUGAUACAAAAUCAUACUAUCAAUUCGAAGUGGCCUUGUGAUAAUACUUUCUAUAAAUCUUAUAUACAUCAUCUCGCACGUUCUAUUAAUGGUCAAACAAUGGUAGUUUUUGUAGAAUGUGAAUAUAUUGAUUGGCAAUCUUUUAACUUUAUCGAUAUGGAAAAUAUGACGACGACAGCCAUUAAAGAAAAUGAUCAAAUGCUGUUUCACUGUAUUGAAAAAUAUGGUUAUCCAAUAAUAUCUUUUCAAUACAGAAAAUUGCUAAUUGUGAGAAUGUAUGUUGAUGCAUUUAGAAAUCUUGAAAGUCCUUCACUUAUCAAUAAUCUUUCUGCAAUAACAAAAUUACCUAAUCGACGUGUAUUGUUUCAAAACAAAAGCAAUUCUAAUUAUAGAACUCUGUUAGCUACUGCAAUUCUUUCAAACAAAUUAACUAUAGUCAGAUACUUAAUUGAAGAUCUGAAUGAUGAUAUACAUGCUGCCAGUUAUCCUUUGAACUAUAAUCCUGACAUCAAAAGGAUUUUGCCAUGCUUUGACAUUUUUGAAGAUCAUAAAAUAUCUGUUCUUGAUGAUUUUAUUGUCAGUGGACAUUACAAUCUUGAAAUAUUACGAUAUCUCAUAGAUAACCAAGUUCGUAUCCUUGAUGCUAAAAAUUUCAAUCGAAUAGCCCGUUUACCGAAAGAUUUAUCUAGCCAAUUUCGUAUAUAUAUUGAUAAAAAUGAAGAAAUUCGUCAAUAUAUUUUUCAUAUGACUAUGAAGCAUCAUCUACAAGACGUAAAUUUCAUAAAAUUUCUCUUAUCUCUUAGUUCAUGGAAUCCCAAUCAAUAUGAUAAUUCAGGAUAUACUCCUUUGCAUUGUUGUGCUGAAAAAGGAUAUAAUGAAACUAUCCGUCUUUUAUGCGAAUCAGGUCGAGUUGAUGUUGAACUACCAACACAAAAUUCAUUCAUAUUCUUAACAACAGGCAAUAGAACACCAGUUGGUAUCGCAAUAGAAGAAAAAAAAUUUUCAAGCGCUCGUUUACUCGUCGAAAAUUAUGAUGCAUCACCAUACGAGUAUCUUCUCAUUCUUUUGAUCAAUGCUCUACAAAAACAAGAUGCAGAUUAUGUACAACUAUUACUUCAAAAGUCUAUUGUGGUUAACCUUCGCGCAUCAUUGUUUUUCUUACAAAACUUUGCUAGUGGCAAUCCAACAUUAACAACUAGUAUUGAACAGUGGGAACUUGAGCAAGCAAUAGAAUAUGCAAAAAAACAUGAAAAACAAUUGAAUAUUCCUAACUUUAUUCUAAAACAAUUAUAUGAAUGUCAAAAAAUGUUUCCAUGUAAGAAAACAGUACAAUGA